GCAUUCUGGGAAGAGGGUGGCGGCGAUCCGCUUGUCUAUGUCACUGCCGGUUGGGGCGCCAUCUUGCUCUAGUUUGCGUCUGUAGUGGGGUUGGAUGGGACUGUGGCGGCGGUGGCGGCGGCGGCGGUGGUAAGGGGGCGGCGCGCUGGUGGCCGGGCCUGGCCAGCCCCUCCUCCCCGUGGGCUCCGCGGCGUGUCGGGCGCCGGACGCUGGGCGGCGGGGGCGCCGGGCUGGGGGGAUGUCCGCCUUCUCGGAGGCGGCGCUGGAGAAGAAGCUGUCGGAGCUGAGCAACUCUCAGCAGAGCGUGCAGACGCUGUCGCUGUGGCUGAUCCACCACCGCAAGCACUCGCGGCCCAUCGUCACCGUGUGGGAGCGGGAGCUGCGCAAGGCCAAACCAAACCGGAAGCUCACAUUUCUUUAUCUAGCCAAUGAUGUCAUCCAGAACAGCAAAAGAAAAGGACCAGAGUUCACAAAAGAUUUUGCACCAGUAAUAGUUGAAGCAUUUAAGCAUGUUUCCAGUGAGACUGAUGAAAAUUGUAAAAAGCAUCUUGGAAGAGUGCUGUCUAUUUGGGAAGAAAGGUCUGUUUAUGAAAAUGAUGUAUUAGAACAACUUAGACAAGCUCUCUAUGGUGAUAAGAAGUCUAGAAAGCGUUCAUAUGAACAAAUAAAGGUGGAUGAAAAUGAAAAUUGUUCAUCACUAGGAUCACCAAGUGAACCUCCACAGACUAUAGAUCUCAUUAGAGCCUUACAAGAACUUGAAAAUGCAGCCUCAGGUGAUGCAGCAGUUCAUCAGAGAAUAGCUUCUUUGCCUGUUGAAGUCCAAGAUGUAUCUCUACUUGACAAAAUAACAGAUAAAGAAUCAGGAGAACAGCUUUCCAAGAUGGUAGAUGAUGCAUGCAUGCUCUUGGCGGAUUACAAUGGUCGAUUGGCAGCAGAAAUAGAUGAUAGGAAGCAACUAACUCGAAUGUUAUCAGAUUUUCUUCGUUGUCAAAAAGAGGCCCUUGCAGAGAAAGAACAUAAGCUGGAAGAAUACAAGCGCAAGUUAGCCAGAGUAUCCCAGGUUCGAAAAGAACUCAGGUCUCGAAUCCAGAACCUGCCAGAUUUGUCUCGGUUGCCCAAUGUCACAGGCAGCCAUGUACAUCUUCCAUUUGCUGGAGACAUCUACAGUGAGGAUUGAUGACAACUUUUUCCAGGGCCUCAGGAUUUUCCAAGAGCUGAAGAUAGGUUAAGUGGAUAGUCUCGUAGUAUUAUUUUUGUACAUUGUUGAGAAAAUGACACUAACACAGAUAUCCCCAACAAAAUACAAAAAAAAAUUAUAAAAAAUAUUUAAAAUGUUGGGUUUUUUCCUAUUUUAUUGGCAAGUUAACAUGACAAUUUAAAAAUUGACAUCUAUGUGUUAAUAUGUUCGCAAAGAAGUGAUUAUUUUAAAAAGAUCCUUUUAUAUAUUUUUUGAUCCAAGGCCCUGUGAGAAACUGAAACCUCUCUAUUUUUCUUUAUGUAAUUUUGAAGGUUCCUCUUUAUGUUUCUUCAUUAAUAUGUGAAUGUAACUUCAAUAUCUAAUCACUGUAUAAUAUGUAAUUUCUUCAGGAGAAGAACUAAUCAGGAGGUUGGGACAUUAUUCUCAUAUAUGAUAGGGAUUUGAUGGUUAAAGAGGACUUAAAGUUGACAGAUUAAGGUUAAGCUUAACCUAGUCUAUCAAUCAAAAUGUCUUCUGUCUGUAUCUCUCAAUGUUUUUGACUAAAUACACACGGAAAUGGAAAUUUAUUUGAGAGUCAGAUGAGGACAUUCACAUUCUAAGGGUAGUACUUAACCCAGCAAGAGAGUAAUUUUUCUGAAUUUACUGAAAACUUAUUUAGUAUUACAAGACUAUGGAAACAAGUCAAGAGUAUCCCAGAAUAGACUUCAAUUAUCACCCCAACUCACUGUGUCCCUGAGCACAUCAGCGUUGCAUUUAUAGUCAGUGGGACAAUAGAAGAAAGAGUCUAAUUAGCUUAUUGCCUAUUUAAAAGCAUAACUGUGUUUAUCUUAAUUCACCAUCUCAAUGUAGGAAAAACAAAGCAUGUUUAAUUGGUUAUAUACAUUGGAUAUACCACCAUUUAUAAUUAUUUGAAUAAACAAACUUUGAAAUGCUUUGUAGGAAUUCACCAAUUUAAAGAAUUGACCCCUUGAGAUAUUCUUGAUUCUGGCACUAAUUUCAUAAGGUAUAAAUCUUUAUCUCCUUUCUAUGGAGAUAAAUUUGUGCUUUAUCUUAAGUAUAGUUGAUCUCAUUAAUGUGAAGCAAUCUCUAAAAUCAACUGCACUAUAAAAAUAGAUUUUGUGUCUUUCCUGGCUAUAAAUCCUUUAAAAGCUUUAGUCUCAUUUUUAGCUCCAAUAUCCAAACAAUCCUAACAAAUAGAACACUGUAGAUGAGUUGUAGUGUUCUGUGCAGUAACCUGGAACGCUUUUAAUGUCCCCUCAAAGUUUUUGAAUAAAAAGCAAUGCUACAGGGUAGAUCUGGUAUACUUUGCAUAUACUCAGUUACCUAAACAAAUGUGGUUUUUCUUUCCUUUUAUUCAUAACACUGUGUGUUAAAGCUAUUGGAUCCCAUGCUUUCUUUUAAAAGUGCAUUUUUAGCAAUGGGUUUGUACCAGGUAAUAGCCAUUUUAGUAUAAUUGUUCAUGACAUUGUCAAUAAAUGAUGGAAAUUUUUCAUUUUGUGCAUUGCUUUGCAGAUUAGACAUUUUCAUUUCCGUUGUAAGUAUAUAUAACCUAGCAUAGACAAUAAAUUAUCAUCUCCUUUUACAUCUUAGAAACCAAAAAGUUUCUAUAGUCUCAGUGUCUUCAGUGUAAAUAUUUCUUUUUCAGUAUUAGUCAUAUUCAUAGAUAGCGUGCAUGUAUAAUAGAAGGAGAAUAUUUAUUUUCUAAGGUACAACUAUGGAAAAAUAUCUUAAUAGUGAGAAAACUUCAUGAAGUGCAUUUUUGUAAGAUCUGUGAAGAAAGUUAGAAUAAUUCCAUUUUUCAUGCAGUAAAUGCAUGACUGGAAAUUAUACUGGUACAAUCUGAGCUUUCCCAAGCACAUAAACAAAUAUAGGAAGCUCCUCAUUAACAAAUACUGUAUAUUCCAAAAUUCUGAGGGUUUGUUUUGUUUAGGUCUUCCUUUCUAAUCUUAGAAUUUAUAAAUACCUACUAUGUGCAAGGCACUGGGGCUAUAAAAACAGAUGAGAGAACAGUCCCUGCCUUCAAGGAACUUAUAUGCUAUAGAAGGGGAUGCACAAACACGCAUAAACAUUUGAAGAGGAGGAGAAAAUAAUAAGUUAGACCUUGAUGACAGUGAGGGAGGCAAACACACCAGUGAGGAGUGAGUGCAUUCCAAAUUGUGAGGACUGCCUCUGCACAAUCAUGGAAAUGGGAAAUAGAAUGUCAAAUUUAGGGAAUAGCAAAUAGUCCAGUUUAAUUGAAACACAGAGUGUGUGAAGGGCCUGUGAUACAAACCUGGAAAAGUGUGUUGAAAGCUACCAUGUGUGUGGCUUUAAAUGCCAAGAUUAGAGGAUUGUAGUUCAUCCUAGAGGCAAUAGCUUGUGAAGGCUUUUGAGCUUGGGAGUGGUGUGGUCACAUGUGAUUUGGGAAGGUCAUUUUGGCAGCUCUGUGAAGGAAGGCUAGAAGAAGGGGAAAUCUGAAAUCCAUUUCUGUUGUUGUGGCUAUUGCAGUGGUCUAGGUGAGAGGUGAUGAAGGACUGAACUAGGGUGAUUUUUUUUUUCCUCAUAGAAAUGAUGCUUAAAUGUUUAAGUUCUCAGACUAGCCCGCAGAAACUGCCUGGAGACCUAAUGUAUUUAAUUAACCCCAGUGUAGCUGUACUUGUAGAAUUUUGGGAGAGGAAGACACAUCCUAAAAGAGAGUAUAGCAAUAAUUAGUACAGUUUAGGAAUGAGGUCUUAGUUUUGGGAUCAAGCUUUUCUAAGAAGCCUCUGUAGAGAAGAAAAAAAAAAAUCAGAAGCUCUAAUUGGCUAACUCUUUUAAAAUGGUAAACCAUCCCUUUUGGAUUUUCGAGUCCCAAAAUACCAUUAGGUGAAGGAACAUAAUGGGGGGGAUAAAAACUAAAAUAUUUUCAACAAAAUUUGGGUUAUAAAGAAGAUUGAUAAGCAUAUUGGGUAAAUUAAUCUUCUUUAGAAAACUUCUUAAAGACAUCUUGGAAAGAACAGAAGAGACUGAUGUACUUUCACAAUUCAUCUUAUGUAAACAUCAAAGUUUGUAUCUUACCAUAUUUUCAACUUUUUUAGCCUCCUUUGUAUUUACUAAAAAACAGUGAUUUUUGUUUUAGAAGAAUUUUUUUCCUCUUAAAAUUAUUGUGUACAAAAAAUACUCCAUUGUUUAGUCUGUUAUUUAUUAAGAGGGUUCAGUAAAAAUGUUUUCAUUUGUUCAAAAUGUACUACUGGCUUAGAUAUGAAUUUUAAUGUUGGCAAAUGCUUUCUUGUAUUUUAACAAUAGUGACCUGAUAUUUUUUUAAAAAGGAAAAGUAAGAACUUGUGAUUAGCAAUAGUGCUAAGGAAUCAAGGACAUCUUCCCUUUUUCCUUGCCUUUUCCCACACCUCCCAGUCCUUAAUAUAUAGUCAUAUUAAUGGUAUAUCUUUAAACUGAGGCUUGUAACUAGAAGUCCUUGCCCUGCAACUGCUCAGGGGAAAGCAUCUAUAUAUAAGAAGUCAGUAAGAACUCCUUUUUGAAGAUAUAGUGUUAGAACACAGCAAUGUCUCUCCCUUUAGGGCUAUGGAAUGUCACAUGGGAAGUUUUUUGGUGAUUCCAUUUGCCCAAGAAAUAGAGGUUAUUUGGAGGUGAUGUCUACUACAGAUACUUAAUUUCAAGUCAUCAACAGCUAGUAGUCUUAGUAUUUGCCUAAAAAAUAAGAAUUUUUAAGGGGCAGACAUUGAUUCCAGGUCUUGAGCAUUUCUCUUUCCAUCUUGCCAUUUAAGCCACCUCUAAUUUUGCCAAGCCUUUCAAAAGACAAGAAAAUUAUAGAACCUAAAAUGAGGUGGGGGGAAAGAAUAAAGUGUGUUUUGACUUAUAUUCUUAAAAGCUUUAGAGAAAAAAACUUCAAGGACCUGGUGAGUCUGGUUAUCCUAGCAGGUAUCCAGUUGCCUCCUAGCUGUUGGGAAGCAGUAAUAACACUACCUGGGAGUCUGAAAGGGAGUGGUAAGAGAAUAUCAGUCUUGUUCUGCCAUAAUACCUCACCACUCAGGCAAAGCUUUUCCAGCUGGUGCCUCUGCUGUGGAAUAAUCUUGUCCUCCCUCCUGAGCACAGUUCCCCUGAUGACUCCUCUUCUCAACAUUUCUUGAAUCUGGGGAUGAGGUUUGAGGAAGAGGCAUCUCUCUUAAGAUCCAACACCAAGCCUUGACUUUGUCACCUGGACUCUUUUUAAAAGAGAGGAUAUAAUAGUAAUUAGUACAGUUUAGAAACUAGGUCUCACUUUUGGGAUCAAACUUCUUAAAGAAACCUUGGUAGAGAAGAAAAAAUCAUAAGCUCUAAUUGGCUGAUUCUUUUAAAAUGAUACAUCAUCUUUUUUGUAUUUUCUGGUCAAAAGUACCAUUAGGAUGAAAGAACAUCUUUUGAUAAGUGACUCUACAGAGCCUACAGGUGACACUCUUAAUACUGUGGUAAGUCCUCUUAUAGAGCCUCAUUUUCACUGCUUCAGAUGUCAGAAUUGCUACAUUAGAUCCAAACCUCAUUAAGAUGGAAGCCUAUUGCUACAGUGGACAGACAUUGUAUAUUAUUUAUUGGUUUAAAAUACAUUUAUAGAAAAUUAAAUGUUUGACAUACUGUCUUAAGCCAAUAACAAAUUGUGUGCUGUAAAAAAUGGGAUGUUUUGCCUGUUCUAAAGCAAUAACAUCUGAGGAUGAAUUCUUUGCCUUUACUUAACUUGACUGUCAUAACUGCAUUUGAAUGCAAUAUACAAUGUUCUUAAUAAAAUUACAUUUUUUAAAAUAAA